AUUAGAAAUAGCAACAUUAUCCGUCACUCACGAAAAGAAAAAUGGUGGAUCAUAGUUUUAUUCAUUGGAAUGUAUUUUUGUUAAUUGUAUAGUGUCGUUUGUGAUGUUUAUUCAAAAAAAAUAAUAAUAUGACAACUCCUGUUUCAAAUCGUAAAUAUGGAGCACAAAAAAUACGCCUUACAAUUUUAUGCGCAAGAAACUUGGCUCGAAGGGACCUUUUUCGUUUACCCGAUCCUUUCGCCAAAAUAGCAGUAGAUGGAAGUGGACAGGUGUAUUCAACCAAUGCAGUAAAAGCUACUCUUGAUCCUAAGUGGAAUACACAUUAUGACUUGUACCUGACAAAAGGUGAUGGAAUUACUAUUAGUAUAUGGAAUCAACGAAAAAUUCACAAGAGACAAGGAUCUGGGUUCCUCGGAUGUGUCCGUAUACAGCCAUCUACAGUACAUAAAUUAAAAGAUACUGGUUACCAAUGUUUGGAGUUAUCCGAAGAUAAUUCUGGUGAGACUUGUGGUGUACGUGGUCAAGUAAUAGUAUCACUUCUAUCCCGUGAUGGGGCCCGAGGUGAGCCAGCUUCAGCGGCCGGCGAAGGAUCACCGCUGGCGGUGGUGGGUCCCGCGGGCGACGUCCGUUCACCCCGGGACCCGCCAGUCAUCCCAAAUACAACUCAGUCACCACUACCACAAUUUUGGGAAGAGAAAUUUACAUCUUCUGGCAGACCAUACUACGUUAACCACGCGCGACGGUGCACACAAUGGGAUCGGCCUACAGCUGACAAUCCCGGUCCGGUGACGUCACUGGUGUCUUCACCGCCUUCACCCCCAAAUGGUCUAUCGUCCACCGCGUCAGCCUCACCCGCCACACCAGCUUCGCCGAGCACACCUUCCUCGCCAGUCUCGGAUACAGAUGUCAAUCACGCAACGUCAAUUUCGUUAAGACCCGAACCUCAGCCUCAAACGGCGGUACGACCUCGUCCGACUCCAGCACCUGCCCAAGUGUCACCUGUUACCUCUACUACGCCUCAGAGCCCCGCAACGCCAACUACUCCUAUAGCUGCUACUGACUUGCCACCUGGAUAUGAGAUGCGCACGACAGCUCAAGGCCAGGUGUACUUCUACAACUCGGCGACGGGCGCGUCGACGUGGCACGACCCGCGGGUGCCGGCGCACCUGCGGCACGCGGCCGCCGCAGCCGGCCCGCUGCCGCCCGGCUGGGAGAUGCGCCACUCGCCCACCGGCCGUCUCUACUUUGUCGACCACAACAACCGCACCACGCAGUUCACCGACCCCCGGCUCGCGCUCUCCGCUAGAUUCCAGAAUCCCAGUCCCGUGGAACCGAGCCCAGCUGCUAACGAGCCAACCGACUCGGAGGCCUUACCCAAAUACAAGCGCGACUUGGCAGCUAAAGCGCGCGCUCUCCGCGCCGAGUUACAAGCUUUGCAGCCACAAACGGGCCAUUGUAGGAUAGAGGUAUCACGUAACGAAGUACUGGAAGAAUCGUACCGGCUCGUGAUGAAGUUACGAGGCAAGGAGCUUCGCAAACGACUACUGGUAAAAUUCCGCGGCGAAGAAGGCCUCGACUACGGUGGCGUGGCGCGGGAGUGGCUGCAUCUGUUGGGAAGGGAACUGUUCAAUCCACAGUAUGGACUGUUCCAGUACGCAAAUGCUGGGGACGAUCGAUAUGCUCUGCAAAUUAACGCCGACUCAGGGGUGAACCCUGAGCACCUGUCAUAUUUUCACUUUGCUGGACGUAUACUUGGUGUGGCAUUAUUCCACGGACAUCAAUUAGAUGCAGCAUUCACAGCACCAUUUUACAAACAACUAUUGGGCAGAGCAAUCACACUUCGAGAUAUUCGCGAUGUAGACCCUGAACUACAUCGAUCACUUUCUUGGAUGUUAGAGAACAGUAUUGCAGGUGUAAUAGACACGACCUUCUCAGUAGAAUGCUCGUCGUUUGGUGCGGUUCGUAGCGUCGAACUACGACCCGGCGGCGCCAACGAGCAGGUAACAGACGUAAAUAAACGCGAGUACGUUCGUUUAUACGUAGCGCACAGGUUUACCAGAGGCGCAGAACGGCAGUGGUUAGCCUUACAACGUGGCCUGGCCGACAUAAUACCACCACAGCUGCUUAGACCACUUUCCCCGAGAGACCUACAACCGCUACUCGCCGGCCGCGCAGAUCUCGACCCUGUCGACUGGCGACGUCAUACGCGCCUCAAACACGUCUCUGCAGAUGCUCCGAUAGUCGGCUGGUUCUGGGAAAUUGUUGAAGAGUUCGAUGCAGAAAUGCGCGCUAGAUUACUACAGUUUGUGACUGGGUCGCGACGAGUCCCAUUGAACGGCUUCCGAGCACUGCAAGGAUCCACUGGCGCAGCCGCUCCAAGGUUUUUCACGCUACACCUAGUCGCGGACGCAUCACCUGACUCUCUUCCCAAAGCGCAUACCUGUUUUAACCGUCUCGACCUGCCACCCUACCCCACGAAAGAGCGCCUACACGAUAAACUAAAACAGGCUGUUCUCGAAACCGCUGGAUUCGCGGUCGAAUGACAUGCGACUGUGACUAAUGGCAUGAGAAUGAAAUGGUUGUGUUCAACGUAUAACCUUUUAAAAAAAAAUUUUAACAACUAGAAAGUAUAAACAAAAUGUACCUACAGAUAUAACGCCCACAAAUGUAUUUUAUUUACGCCAGUUGUCUAUGUGGGUUUUUCUACGCGAAUUAUAUUUAUAGGAAAUCAUGUUGUAUAUAACGCCGGUAGUUAUCUUUAAGCAUAUUUUUAUCCCUUAUUCUUUUAGGACGUUUAACAAUGAGUGUCACCUGUCUACUAUUGAAAUUGAAUAUUUCAAAGAUAACUUGGGAGAAUAAAUAGUAUUUAUGGUCUCAAUAAUUUAUUAAUUUUACAAUAAAGACUUGAAAAUAAAAUCGAAUUAAUUUAAGCAAAUUUUAAUACGAAUUUAUAGUAUAACAUAAAAAAAUUCACUGUUUUUGAUCUCAAAGACAGUAAACAUUUUAAUAUAUAAUAUAAUACUCGUCAAAAUUUUAUGCAGAGACCAUCUAGGUUAUAAAAAAAUGUACAUCUGUAAAAAAAGUAAUGUGGAAAAAAAUUUCGAGUCAAAAUUAGAAAUAUGAGACUGAUUGGCGUUUGGCAAAUAUUUCAUGACAAAUAUUUCAUGACAAAAGGUUUCUUUUCAAAAAAAGGUAAUUCGGUUUUUUUUUUUUUUUUUUUUUUAAUUUUAACCUACUAUUAUAAUGUUAUGAAUACUGUGUGGUGUCGGUUGCACACUUGUUUUUAGGUGGCAUUCUAUCAGAGACGUACAAUCGAGCUCAAGUAACUUUACCACUCACAAUAACUUGUAUUAAUGUAACUAUAAUAAUUAUUAAAGAGAUCAGCAGCUAAACUUUAUUUUGAAACUUUUUGUUUCUCUAAGAAGUAUUAUGUUGCAAAUUUAUCGAUUUUAUAAUAAUAAUAUUCUUGUCUAUUCCAGUGAACGCCAAUGACGUAUUUAAAAUUAUUUUUCGGGGUCGAGGGGAAGAAAGUACAUAACUGUGCCUUUUUAAAGCACAGUUAUGUACUUUCUUUAUAGUUAUGUGUUUUCAGACAUGUCUUUUUACAUAGCUGAAAGGUCUGUUAUCAUCCUGGGGUGGACACAGUUCACCUGGCCCCUUAUUAAAUAUGCCUAUGCUGAAUGCGUGUUAUAUAUGAAUGGAUACUGAGCUUCCUGUCUAGUGAUUUUAUUUUUGACAGCGAUUACUGUUAAUUGACUGCACUUUAUUAUAGUUUAUUCAAUUAAUUUUUUAUAGUAUAAAGACCUCCAUAAUGCAGUGAUAGAUCAAGUGUCUUUGUGUACAUGAAGACUCAUGUCUGAUUCUCAGUGAACUCAAUACCAGAAAGUGCCCCUAUAUUCUGUAGUCUGGUUUGAGAACCAGACAACUGCAGUGAUUGACACAUUAUUAUUAUAUUAUAUGAGUAUUUUUGUACAAAUUCUACACUGUGCAGUGUGUUGCAGAUAAGAAAGAUGUUUACAGACAUUACUUGACCAAUGAAUAAAAGUAACUGCUGAUAAUCUUGUGGGUUCUCAGCAGAUAACAUUCCAAACCCAGCAGUAAAGUCAUGGAAAAUGACGAUUUAGAGGAACUUAUAAAGAAGUAUACUUUAAUAAAGAUUAUUUUAACAUCAAAUAAUAUUAUUAUAUUUUAUUUCAAAAUUAUUAUAGUAUAAUAUGGAAAACUUUGAUGACGUAGGUUACUGCCUACUCACCUUACAAUUAUUGUGAGUACGAUAUUUACACAAAUCAAACAUGAAUAAUUAUAUCUGUUUUAUAUUAUCUGUAGAGCGGGUUUUCUCUAUAUAUUAGUUGAUAAUUUGAAAAAAUAUAUAUACAUAAGUGUUUCCAAAGUUGUCCAGUACCUAUAAUCCAAACUAAGCUUAGUUUGGAAUUUGAUGGCACCGUAUGUUUUUAGGAUAUAAUACGUUCACUUUGUUAAAAACAUGAUUUACAGGCAUAUUAGUUCUAAUCCAUGUUCUUACUGCAACACAAUGUAGAUAAGUUUAUAAUAUUUGGUACAAAACGUCUACAAUUAUGUCGUAAGUAUUAAGACUAGGAAGAAAUACUUGGAACUGUGCCAUGUAUUUCAGCACUGUCUAAAUUAUAAAUAAUUAAACCAUUUUUAUUAUAUUUUAAUAUUUUCUAUGUAAUGAUUUUUGUAAUGUUUUCAUGCUGUAGGCAGACAACUAAUUCCAUGUAUUUUAAAAAAAAAAUAGUGAGAUAUAUAAGUGAUUGAUUAGAAAAGUUGAAUAAUGAAUUUGUAAUAUUUCUAGUUUAUUGUUCAUUAAUAAAUCUUUAUUAGUGAUAUGUUCACCAGAAAGUUUUAGAAAGACAAUUGCAAUAUAACUUAUAGAAUAUGUAACAGGAUUGAAUUAUAUGUGCCUAAAUGAUAAUUAUGAUAUUCACAUAGUUUUUAGUUGAAUUUUUGAAUUUACAAUUACUGGCAACUAUAAAACCAUUUAAAUUUUAGUUUAUUUUAUUGCUUCCAUUUGUAGUUGUGUAUAAAGCAGUAUGUCGACAGCACAAUAACUGAAAAUAUUCUGCACUGAAUGGUACAAUUGUUGAAAUGCAAAUUUAAUUAGUAAUCUCAUACAUCAGUUUUACUAACAUAUCAGUUUUCAGUUUGACCUACAGCAUUGCCAUCAUACUGUUUUGUAGUCGGUAUUCUUUGCCGUAACCCUUAUUUCCACAUAUAUUGGAAAUCUAUUUAUUAUAGCAAGCUCGAAACAAUAUUGUCGAUGAAAAAUACUUGUAUAUAAAUUAUAGUAUUUUCCCAGUUUUCGCUAAAUAACUCAUAUUGUGUUCCCAGUUAAAAUAAUAGUUAAUAAUUAACUGAUACGAUAAGAACAAACAAAUAUUGAAUCUGUUUAUGUUAGUAAUACUGUAUUUAUAGUAAUUUGUAUGUUUUUGUUUGAUAUAAUAAAUAUUCUGUGACUGCUCAACUCUAUGUGUUUAGAAAAUGGACUUUAAAAUGUUUGUUAUCAUCACCAAAUUGGUAUUAGGUACGUACUGUCACAGCUGCUGGCGUCAUGUAGAAUAAGCUUUCGCUUUUUUAGAGCGAGCUCAUACUCUUGGUGCCUUAUACAUAAAAGUAAAUACAUUAUUUAUUUAACUUAGGUAACGAAUCAUUUCAACGAUGAAAUAUUUAGAUAAGAGAAUAUAUUAUUCUUUUUUAUUUAUACAUUGGCGCUACAUGUCGAACAUUUGUGUAAUAAUUUUGUAUUGUAGUAAAUAAAAAUGUAUAUAUUACUUGAAAUUGAUAUUUAAAGUGCCUUUUCUCUAAUUGUAAUUUAUGACUGUUAGUUAUACAAUUGAUAUAUUAUCCCUAUAUUUAAUGCUAUAAUUAUAAUAUUUUUGCACAAAAAGUGA